CCUCGCACAGGAAAUCUGCAUAAUUUCAAUUUCUAAAGGAGAACCUUCUGGCAGGAACCCUCACAAAACUGGUGGUUCGUAACCUGUUCUAUCCAACCGCAAGUUGCCGAAAUACAGAGAAAAUUAGACAUUUGCGCCGAAAAUGCGACUUAUAAAUUAUUAAUUAAUUACACAGGUUGGACUUUGAGUCGACGUAGACGAGCACAAAGGAGGUCUCACAUGAUUCAAGGAAAAGAAUAAUUUGAGAAACAAUAUACCCAGGAAUUGCAAGUGGGCAAAGUAAAUGGAAAAUUUUAUCACUGGACGAGCCGAGAACUACAAAACGGCGGUAAAAUGCUGUUCAGGAGAGGAUGCGAGUUCCGUGGAUAGCAAGGAUUCGAUGCUCGAAGCCGGGGAAUACCUCGAACGGUUAAGUUUUUGGCAGCGACCGAGACAGCGAGUCGAUCUAGAAUUCAACGAUGUUACUUACAGUGUAAAGCUGGGUCGACAAGGUAAGAGGAAACAUAUUUUACAAGCGAACACAAGCAACAUUCAUUGCUGAAAGCUUGCAGAAAAUCUAGAUCUCUCUGGGUGAUUCUUUGAGUGCGGACUCGAUUAGGAAACCGAAAGCGAAAUUAAACGAGGAGGAAGAUGUUGACGAAAACCCUUCUAGAAAAAAGACUUAUCUCAGACCCUAAAUUUAAUGUGUCUUCAAGAGCUUCAUCUUAAAUACGUAAAUUUUGAUUUAAAAAAUUAUAAUAUUUGCAGAAAGAAGUCUUUCUUUAAGACCUUCGUUCAGGCUUGACGAGCAUAACAACUCGACACGGUCACAUUAUGGUCGACAAAGGAAGACAAAACGUUGUUAAGAAUUUGCCUGAAUUUAGCCCGGCGUGCCUGUAAUCAUGAAAUAUAUAUAUCUGCCUUCUGUAAUAUCUUUUACUCUGAUUAAUUUUUUUGGUGAAUUUUCCCUGAAAUCGAGAAUCGUGUUUCGGCUUCUCCUGAAAGAGAGCACUUCACAGUUGUGCAACAAACAUUAUUGGAAAUACCUUAUUAUGGUAAACAGUUUUCUGGCUUUCGUUUUUAAGCUGGGAGAAUUUCUUUUCAAUUCAAAAAAAAGGAUUUUCGAAGAAGAAAUAUUCCAUAACGACAUCACAUCACAACGGGAAAAGUUUUAGUACCUGUAGACUUUUUCCAGGCGUGGGUUUAGCUAGUGGGUUUCCCCUGAUGCUUAUUUAUUUUUCCUAAAAGUUUUAGCGCAUGAAUCGUUAUAAACGUAUCUUUUCUCCAAUCAGUCAAGUCAACUUUCCUGCAUUAUUUGAAUUAUUUUUGUUGACUAUUUUAGAGCAUUUGAUACUCUUUUGUUUCAAGUCGUUCGUCCGCUUAAUUUUCAAAGAUUUAAGCAACGAAAACCAUGUAAAAUUCGCGUUCCGUUCAGGCACAAAAACAAGAAAAAUAAUACAAUUUCUUUUGGUUACAGCCCGAGAUUUAAUUUCAAUUUAUACAAUUUUAAAUGUUUAAUAUACAAUUUUUGGUUGCCUGAGAAAAGGGCAAACUUUUAUUGAUGUAUUUUACUUUCGUGAAAUCAGAAGCUAAAAAGGACUGAUUAAGUGUUCGUUAAGCCCCUGUUUGGAUAAACAUAUUCGAGGCAAAAAAGAAACAUAGGCAAUUGAAAUAACGUGUCUUUUACUGAAAGGUCUUGGCGCUCAAACCCAAAAACAUUCAGUUCAUCCAGUCGUAUUUAAGUAUAUUUGUUGUCAGGAAAACCGACCUUCAUACUUAACCGCGGUGUAAUAUAACAGGAAAGUCUGUGCACGAUGUUGACCUUAAGUGCAAGUUGCCUCUGUUGUUUUCGAGGUUUCCAGAAAAAACAGUAAUACUCUGCUUCUUUGAUAGACCCAAAACGUACUAGAAUUUAAAAUAAUCUCACAUUAAAGUCACAGAGCUUAAAGCAUUUUUGUAAAUAAUGUAAAUUUAAUAAUGAAAUUACUUCUCAGAUGUUUGAGAAGGUAAUACUACUGAUUAUGCUUUACAUUCUCUGAAUAUUUAAUCUUGAUAUGAGAUCAUUCAAAUAACAUAUUCCAGAUUAUUGUGCAAAGUGCCACCAGGAUUUUUUGCAAGUCUAAACAAAUUUCCAUUAUUACCUAAUUAUGUAUAGAUAAACAUUAAACUUUUUCCAAAAAAUUACACCCAGGAAGAUGUCUUAUUUGUUCUAGCACUCCUACUUAUAUUAAACUACUUUGCAUGUGCAAGCACUCGAUGUUGUUAUAUCCUGUUGAGACAGACUUACUGAUUGACAGGAGGUAACAGAAGUACAUGCCAAUUCUGCUUACUUGUGGCAGGAUUGAUCCUGUAGAAUUGGACUUAGCUGGAACAUCUGUCGGAAGUAUCCAUGGAAGACAGAAGUUUGACCACUAAUCCUGCUUGUUAAUACCUUGUUUCCUCUUCCAUGUCAACUUUUAUUGUGUGAUGUUACCCUCAAACUCUUUUUCAUUGCUUGGUUAUUCAGUUACACUGAGUUACAUAAUAGCUGCACAAUUCAUGAAGGGUUGGUAGUAACCAGCAGCUUUUAAACUGUGUAUGCCCACUGUUAUAUCUGACUUAACUGCCUAACUACAUGUAUUUACAAGUCAAUUGAAAUUAUGACCUUUGAAUACUUUUUGUGUGGUGUGAUUGUAUGAGUCCAGAAUCAUGCAAGCCUGCUGUCCUUGCACGUGACAGCUGAUUUAAAACAGGAAAAACCAGUUUUAGCUAGGAAAUCAAGUUAACUUUAGCCAUGCACAGUAAUUGUGGAGUUUAGUUGAAGUUCAUUAGCUUUUUUAUUAUAUACAUGAUUCAGAACAGAUCUUUGGUUUGAAUGUCAUUUCAUCACUUUUAAAAGACAUACAGUUACAACAUUCCUCCAUGAAAUUAUAUUUAGUCACAAAUAUGGACUAGAAAUAUAUGUGGUAUGUGUGUGGUAUUUUAAUGUCCAUUUUCAAGACCUCUUGACCUUUGGGAAAAUUUUAUAAAUAGUCAAAUCUGGCACAUGAAUGUAAGUGUCCUGUCACAUGUUUGCAAGCUGAGUGAAAAAUGAUACUUCCUAUUCUUACCCCUUGAGAGUUUAAUCUUUAAAUUUAAGAAAUAUUUAAAGGUAGCAAAUUACAACUCAUCUGUUGAAAUUCUCAUCAGUAAUAACUUUUUGUUGCUGAUUGUGCUGAUUAAAAGAUUUCCUCUAAACCGUCUAAUCUCUGGAUGAUUCUUUGCUAUAUGACCUUCCAGACAGAAGCUAAGUUGAGUAGUAAUGGCCAAGUAGUUUCGGAUAAGCUGUGUCUUUUUUGGUGACUGGAGCAUUGUUCGACUUGAUGGAAGCCAAAUAGUGGAAGUAAAUGUAAUUGAUGUUGACUUAACAAUGUAAUCAAUGCAGACCUGAAAUAAGUGAAAAAAAGAUGGUCAAACUUCUAUGAAUUAACCACCAAAGCAAAAUUAUGUUUUAAAAAAAAAAUCAAGCAGAAAACGAAAUAUAUUUGAUAAAAGAAAACUGAAAAAAAUAUAUACAAUAGAAACAUUUUUCCUGUUGAACCAAUAACAUGAUAUGAUCAAUACUUGUAGUUCUGACAGUAGGCCUGACUACAAUAAGAUUCGGCAUUCUUUCAAAUUUCAAACUGUUGUUGAUUGCCACUCAAUGUAUUGCAUUCAGCUCUUGAAGUGUUAAGGGUCUAAACCAAGACUACUGUAGAAUUAUUUUUCAAUGUAAAAAGUUUUUCUACACCUAUUUGUUUUGUAGAGCAAAAGACAAUUGUUCAUGGGGUGUCGGGAGAGUUCAAGAGUGGAGAACUUGUUGCUGUCCUUGGUCCCUCAGGUAUGUAAACAGCGAAAUAGAUAUUAAACGAUUAACUGACGGAUUAACUUUGUGACCUAAGCAGUCAGACAAUUAAAAAAGAAGCUCAAACAUCACUAAUGCAUACUUUCAAUUUGUACUUAAUUAAAAUUUUGGGUUCUGGUUGUGCCUUCUUGCAUCUUCAACCCUGGUCUACUUGAUGCUUUCCUUCCUAUGAUCUCAUUUGUAAUUCUCCAAAGUGCUUCCCAUACAUUCCUGGUUCAUUUGGAGAAUUUGUUAUUGGAUCAACUAAUGAUCCCCUAGUUGAUAUUUUUCUUCAUUCUCAUCACCUGUCUGCUUGAUAUUGUACUGACAUUGUGAGGAGAAAUUUUUUCUUGGUCACUUACAAGAGUUAAAGGGUUAAGUGAAAAUGGGAAGAUGUUGCUUGCAGGGCUUAAUUACUGGAUAUGCUACUCUGAAAAAGUGGAAAGCUCUCUUUCCAUUUUUUUCACCUGUAACUUUUACUGUUGUUCUCGGAAUUAAUCUCAAAGCCACCUCAGUUUCUACAUCAAUUAAAUGUGGUGUUUUGCCAAUUUGUAUAUUAAGUUUCAUUGGAUUAUCUUGCAAAGUCGAGAAAAGAUGAGAACCCAAACUUGGCAAUUUUAUAAAGAAGUGAAUAAUACAUAUGCUCCUGCCUAAAGAAUAAAUUUUGUGGAAAAAGUUGCCAUGAGUUAGUGAUACUUUGCACCUUUCCUAAAUUCACCAUGAUUCAUCUUGGAAUGAGGCUGACUUUCUUUGGUGUUAAAGGGGAAAUUUGGCUAAAUUGUGUAAUGCUAGAAGUGGUUAACUUUCAUUGCAACUUUAACUUAAACUGUACAAUUUUAUUUCCAUGUGUUAAUGGUAUGCUGUAUUUUGUCUUCCUCUAGGAGCUGGGAAGUCCACACUGAUAAAUAUUUUAGCAGGAUACAGGUGCAUAUCUGUCAUAAUUUAUAAUUUACAAUGUUGUUGUUACGAAAUUCAGAAUAAAUUUGCGAAGUUCAAGGUAAGACUCUAGAGCAGCUGCAAACAUUUUUGCCAAAAGUAGUCACUAUUUCUAAAUUUCAGAUGUAAUAAACUUAACUGUAUUGUUACAGUUGAAAAAAUUGGUAAUACCACAACAAAGAGAGUUAUUUUUGAGCAAACAUCAGUUUUUGUCAUCAAUGAUUAUUUUGAUGUGAAGCAGCUUUACUCAGCAGGUUUCUUUGCACUGAGCCAAGUUAUCUUCAAUUUGUAUCUACCUGUAUUUGCAUAAAUUAUGUCAAGAUGUUUUCCUCUGAAUUGAAGUUUGAAAAAUUGCUGCCUGGUUAUUGCCAAGUUGAAUGUGUACACCUUCCAUUCUGGGGAAUGUCUUCUUUUAUUGUGGAAAAUUGGAUAGAUGAGAGCAGUUUGUUUAAACUAGUUAGCCCUUAAACUCCUAUGAUCUGAUUGUUAACUAUCCUCUCUUGCAGUCACAUAUUUCCUUUUUCAUUUGCAUUCAGGGUUAGAUAAACAUGGCAACUUUUACCUGAUAAGUUCAAGUUUUCUCAUAUUUUUCUCUCUGUAUUUUUGGAUGAUGUAUGGGUAUUAAAUGGAGAAGUUACGUGUUAGUCUUUCUGCAUAAAGAGUUAAUGUUGAAAAAAAUAUAUGAUAGAAGAGAGAAGUUUCUCUCUCUUUCUGACUUUGUUAACUUAGAGGUGAAGGUGCAUUCAGUUUGUUAAAACUAGCUUUCUUUAUUAAUUUAGAGUUGAAGGUACAUUAAGAUCUUGAAGGUAAUUAAGGCUUGGACAGUGAAUGUUAGGUUUCAACUCUACUUAUUUUGCAAAUUAUUUUUGAUAAGUAUAAAGAGCACCUGAAAACUGCCUAUCCAACUUUUUCAUCAGAACCAAAGACGCAAAUGGCCAAGUACUGGUCAAUGGCGUGGAGAGAAACUUGCGGCAGUUCCGCAAAAUGUCUUGUUACAUCAUGCAAGAUGAUGUGCUCUUGCCACAUCUCACGGUCAUGGAAUCCAUGAUGGUAAGAUUGUUUUUGUUUUAAGAAUCAAAAAAUAAACCCUACUCUAUGGUUUAACUUGUAUUACAUGCAGAUAUUUGGCAAGUUGCAUAGAGCAAUGAGAAAAAUGUCGGCUCCUACUUUGUGUUAAACCAUCAAGAGGAUUUAUUAUGGUAAUAGUAUUUGGUUGGUUGACUGGCAGAAGUUAUUUUUCUUGUGGAAAAGUCUUGUCUAACAUUUUGGGUAGCCAUGACAAUGCUUAGACAGACAACCAAUUGACCAACUUUCAAUAAGUUAAGUAAGAUUAAAGGACUAAAAUAGGCUAGCAGUUAGAUAUUAUGGCCUUCCAGCAGCUGUAAACUGCAGUCAACUGAACUUGAAGUUGAUACAAGGACUGGUUGUAAAACAUGUAUUUUAUUAAUAUUUUCAUUUUCCUACAGGUGUCUGCAAAUUUACAUCUCAGAGAAUCUUUAUCCCUUGAAGAAAAAGAAAGAGUUGUAAGUUAAUUGAAUUUCAAUUAUGGUCUUAAAAAAACUGGCUGUAAAAUUUAGGGAAACAGAAACCAGAUCUUUCCAAAUCUUAAACUCAUCAGUCUCUAAUAAUUAUCAGUUUGAUGAUUUUAGAUAUAUGAAAUUCAUAUAUUUGCACUGCAGUGGAGAGAUGAAAUUAAGAGCUCCUCUCAGCUAAAAACACUACUGAAACGAAUAGUUGAAAAUAGGACCUGAAAAAAAUUCAGGCCUGCACGGGAUUUGAACCCAUGACCUCUGUGAUAGAGGUUUGUUUGUUAGUGUGCAUAAGCAUUUGAAUUUUUCCUAUUUGUUUUCCAGAUCAAUGAAAUCCUAUUGAACCUGGGCCUUACAGAGACUGCUGACACAAGGCUGAAUGAGAUAUCUGGAGGACAGAGAAAACGGCUUGCAAUAGCACUGGAAUUGGUGAACAAUCCACCAUUGAUUUUUCUAGAUGAGCCAACUAGUGGUCUGGAUAGUUCAUCCGCAUUUCAAUGUAUCAGCCUCAUGAGAACACUUGCUCAUGGUGGGAGGACUGUGGUGUGUACCAUUCAUCAACCAAGUGCAAAACUGUUUGAAAUGUUUGAUAAGGUGAGCUGACCUCGUACUUGCCCUAUUCAACUUUGCCCUGGCGUCAAUUGUGGAGAGCCCUCAAUUUUUUUUCCUUCUUAUUUAAACAAUGAAAAUUGCUUAUAAAAUUUGAAAACUUUAAAAAAAAAUUGGUUCAAUUGAGAAGAAUGGGAAGCUCUUUUUUUCAGAAUGGUCAGGGUAUUUUUAUUAAAAUUUCCCUCCAUGUGUAUUUCAGUUGUACAUUUUGGCAGAGGGUAACUGCUUGUUCCAAGGCACUGUACAAGAUCUCAUACCUUACUUGGCGUCUGAAGGUCUGGAAUGUCCCAAGUACCACAAUCCUGCAGACUACAGUAAGUACUUGCUUGAGCUCGAGCGCUUUUUAGUCUCCUUUGUUUAUUUGUUUUAUUUUGUUUCUUCGUUUUUCUCUCGCUAGUGUCGUAGAUAAAUUGUGGAUCCAAAAGUUUUCUGGUAUGAAUUUGGAUUUGGUUUAUUUCGCGACCAAUCAAAAGCAAAAUUGAUCCAAUCGUGACUUUCUCACUCGUAUAUUCCCGCUCCAGGGAAAGUUCGACUCCUCUUUGGCUCUCUUCGAUGUUUUUAUGUCUUCUGAUUGGUAGAGCGUACGACAUAUUUCUUAACUAGUUUUAGAGCUCCUGUUCUCCGAACUUUUUGAGAAGGAACUUCGGGAAAGAAGCGCGGGCUCAUUUCUGAGCAGCGAAGAUGUCAGUUCUCCUCAUCUUUGUUGUUUUAUUGUUUUAGUUAUAGAAGUAGCGUCUGGGGAGUAUGGCGAGAACGUGAUACCCAGGCUAGUGAAGGCCUGGAAGGCGCGUGAAGAGGCAGAGACGCAGAAAAAGAGCCUGACCAGUAGUACCAGCAGUAGCUAUGACUCAAGAAACAUGGUGGUGUCAAUACUACCAAACUGUAAUGUCAAGACCAGUACUGAUAGCAUAAUACAUGCUGCAAGUCAAACCACCCAGGUGCUUAGAGUGAUUAUAUCUCAACCCAUUACACCUUAACAUCAGUAUGCAUAUUCUCCAUACUGUUCUCUAUUCAUUUCCUAAGGUGCUGACGAGGAGAAUUUGCUUAACCAUCAAGAAUUUCAUGGGUUCAUGAUCAUUCCUGUGUUCUCAUGACCUUAAUGUGUGAUUCGGGGGUGAUAUUGUAGGGAGAAAUUAGAUUUUGGGUCAAUCCUAGGGUUUAAGUUACCAUUGUGAACUGAUUCGGCGUGGUGUGAACACAUAAUUUAUGAUUUUUAAAGUGUCAAAAUCGGUGUAAGUAAGCAUAAUACCGUAACACAGACGAAUUGAGAGCGGUAAACCCGCGAACAGAGAGAAAGAAGUGUUUUUCAAAUCAGAAAAUGUUCUGUUAUCUCUCGUGGUUGCCAACAGAGUUUGGAUUGUUCCCUGAAAAGUGAAUUUGCUUAGUUAAGGGCAGCUUUUUUCUUCUGCCAAGAUGCUUAAUUUUUAAUCUUCUUUUGUCUACAGUUCCUGGUGUUGUUCAAAAGAGCCGCACAGUCCAUCUUCAGGGAUCGUAUUUUUACUCACCUACGUUUCGUGUCCACAGCAUCUGUCGGCCUUCUCAUUGGACUCCUGUAUCACGGCAUUGGUAAUGACGGCAGUAAAGUCUUCAACAACACUGGCUGCUUGUUUUUCUCGCUUCUGUUCCUCAUGUUCACAUCUCUUAUGCCCACUGUGUUAACAUGUAAGGGAAGCAAGAUCCUUGUAACUCGAUUUUGGUUUCUAAAUGCUUCAGUUUCGGAGUAUUUACAGUUCUGUUUUGUUCUCUUGGUUUCUGUUUGUUUGUUUGUUUGUUUUGCAGCGUUUCACUCCUUACAACAUGCAUAAAACGCAGAGGCGGUGGAGUGCUUGAUGUGAGGAGGGUUGGGACUCAUACCGUUUGCUAAGUCAAGUACCGAAAUAAUUUUACUCUUUCCCUUUUUUUCUAAUUCAGUCCCCAUGGAAAAACUAGUGUUUAUUCGAGAGCAUUUGAACAACUGGUAUAGCCUCAAGUCUUACUACCUAGCAAAUACAAUGGCGGACGUUCCCUUACAGGUAAGGAUAGUUGAAAACUUUAAAAAGAAACUGGUUCACACGCGAUUGAUAAUCAGUUCUCAUGUUGUUGUGGGUCUGCUGAGUGUCAAAUCACAGAUGGUGUCAAAAAUUGGUCUGAAAAAUAAGCGGCUCUAGGCUAGUUUCGUUAUUAUCCUUACCACAAUUUACGUCUCCUAAUCAACUGAUGCACGCACGAAAACGUAAGUUCUAUUUUGUGUGGUGUUGAAAAAAUAAUUGCCUGUGAUGACUUCACUUAUGCGUCUGGGUCCAGUUUUUCAGUGCUAUCGAUAGUGCUAUCCAACGGAUCAAUCGCAGUCCAGUGAAUAAGUGUCAACCAAACAUUCUGCGCUAUCCACGAGAUAGAAAUUUAUCAAGUGGUCAGUGUUUUCACAGGUUUGGUGUGAUUCAGCCUUUGAACAACCAGGGCCUGGCCUUGAAGGAUUGUUGGUAAUAACUGGUCAAACUCUGGGUUUAAGUCAGUACGUCAUGUGCGUAAUGUUGGCCAGGAAAACGGCUUUAAAUUUGAUUUAGCCCCGUAGCAACAACCCGGAAAAGUUAAUACUUUAUCAAAAAGGUUAGUUGAUGGUUGCAUCUGGACAAGCCUACAAACUAUUUACUCAUUCGAAUUGAGAAAAUUGUAGGGUAGCCUGUUCUUAGGCCCCUUUUUGUCUCCAAGAUUAUCUUCUAGAGCGCGAUUGUAAUAAAAUCCUCUGGGGAUGUAACCAACGUAAACGCACGGGAGUUGGAAUAGGGAGGGGAUGUCGGGGGAAAUAGCUGUCACUUUCGUGCUUUUUUCCUCAAUUUUAAUCAAACGGCUGUGGACAAACUAUCUGUGAGGAGCCAGUUUCAACAAAUUGCAAAUUCCUGUUUUGUUUGCAGAUCUUGUUUCCAGUGAUUUACUGUACAAUAGUAUACUUCAUGACAGAUCAACCAAACGAAGGAUUGCGUUACACUCAGUUUGUAGCCGUCACGAUACUGACAUGUCUUGUGGCGCAAUCCAUUGGGCUCUUAAUAGGGACAGUCGCGCCCAGUCUUCCGGUGAGUUGUGACACUUAAACGUAACAUACAGUUGUUCUCCUUCUCAUACAUUUUAAAUCCUCUGGUUUUUUUUUUCAGCAUAUUCUACUGCCUACGAAUUUUCCUGAGCCCUCCUCUGAUUGACUCUUUUUUUGCCUUUGUCUACGACACCAGUCUUAAGUUUCUCGUGUUGUUUGUCGUUUUUACGUUAUCCGCUAUACGCAAAUAUUUUUUCUGUCUCUGCAUUAACCGCUGCGUAGGUCACAAAUGUUCCGUUAUUUUUUUUAAUUUGUUUUAUUUUUUUCUUGCGAUUUUUGUUGGCUUAAUAUGUGUCUUACGCUUGCUGUCGUUCAGAGCGUUUUACCAUCUUUUAACUGAUUGCAUAUUUUUUAUGGGCAGUUAAAAAUGUCUUAUCGUUUUAUUUCCUGUCAUAGACUGCGGUCUACGUCGCUCCAGUGACUGGUAUCCCUGUCUUACUGUUCAGCGGUUUCUUCGUUAACUUUGAUACCAUUCCAAAGUACAUGCAGUGGCUCACAUACGUUUCCUACGCGCGGUACAGCUGGGAAGGAACGGUGGUGGCCAUAUAUGGCAAUAAAAGAGGACCUUUAGAAUGCAAGGACAGACGAUGUAUAUUUACGAACAGUGAAGAAGUUUUGGCGUCUAUGGAUGUGGAAGAAAAUGCCCUGUAUUUAGAAGGCGCGAAGGUUUAUUUCGAUUGCCUCGUCCUCUCCCUUUUCUUCAUUAUUUUGAGAUUAGCGGCUUAUUUAGUGUUGCGGUACAAAGUAAAGUCGUAUCAUUAGCAAAGUUGUGGUGUUCUGGACGAUUGCGUUUGGAGUUGUUGUCAACUUGGACGCCAUCUUGACAAGUUUUUGACUGUUCGUGAGCGAGCUUGCGGUGACCGCUGAUCAGUUAUACGUGGGCUUCUAGUAAAUCGAGUUGAGUGGGAUUGUGGUGAACUUGGAAAUGGCAAAGAAAAUUAGGAGCGUUAUUUUUAAAGUCAUCGUGAGCUACGUAUCAGGGUUCGCGUUUUAGGGAUCCUUCACUGAUUCAUAAAAUUAAACAAUCAUUACGUGUUUUUAAUAUAUGCUAAAAAAAAAGGCUCUGCUAUGUGGAGAACGUAUUUAAUCAAACUAUUAUGAUUACGGGAAUCUCAUACCCGGAGCCCAAACGAUACCGACCAGAUAUGACAAUUCUUUGGGCUGAGCAUCGCAGCUGUAGGGGACGACCUUCUUUGUCCACCUAGCGCCCAAAGAAUCUCUGAAUAUUAUUUUUUAUUUUUUUUGGUUUGGGGGUGGUUGGGGGGGGUGGAGGGAGAAGAAGGAUUCGUCGGAAUAGAAAGGCCCUUUUACAUUUUUCCACUUUUUCCUUUCAGAUUUUUUUCUCUCUCAAUCCAACCUGGCCUCAAGGAUUGACCAAAAGUACUUCAUAACAUUGUAUUUCUUCAGAAUUUUUUUUGGCUUUUGGGGAAAACAUGUAGUAAGGGGACAGAGAGAUGAAAAGGUAGCGGGUCUUUCCUUUGAAUUUUCUUGUUUCGCUUCUGCAGUUUGGUCUCCUAAAGUUUUUAAAAGAUUUGAUAGAGUGGCUGGACCAUUCAAUUUCUGUGAAACUAACCACUUAAACACACCUGUACAUUCAGUUGUGUUCCAGCUCUAUCCUGGUCACUCGAUUUGUUUUUAAACUAGUCGUGUGUGAUACUUUCUGAGUUUCACAUCUUUCACCAAGCUCUUGUCUCUUCAACCCUUUUCCUUCAGAGCUUUGCUCCUAUUUCCAAUAUUUUUCCUAAUUUCCUUUGUAACAGACAAAAGGAUAGGUACUAAGUCGAUUGAAAACACACUUGUCGUUUUUUUUUAAUUUGUCGGCCUUCCGCUCGAAAAAAAAGCGACCAAUAUAGUUUCCAGUUAUUAGGCGAUUGUCAGAGGGGGUGUUGAUUAGUAAGAAGGUAUUGUUCAGUAAUCUUAUAUCUCAUGAAAUAAUUAAUAUAAAUAUUUAUAAAUUUUAUAUUAUGGAAAUGGUGGUGUUUUCAAUGUCUUAUUGUAUCACUUUAAAUUUACGCGGGCUAUCGAAAAAAAAAAGGUAAAUGUAUCGAGAAGCUUUGCAUCACUUUGGGGUAAUACAUGAUCAAGAAAUGGAUAUGGAUUACAAGGCUGAAGUUGAGAAGAUUCUCGAGGUGGAUCUCGCACAUCGGGAAAAUCUUGAUACUUGAGUGCUGUGAGGUGAAAAUUUCCAAAUCGUUGUCAAUGUAAAAUAUUUUCAUAGAAAAACAACUGUUUAGAUUUAAAAGAAGCUAUCUAGUAUUUGCACUAUACAUUUUGUGAAUACCGGUAUGUUAUUAAAGUUGAUUUCCUCGCAAUUCAUGUAGGGAG